CCAGGGCAACACAUUUGCACGUCCUAGGACAGUAAAGACACAAGAACUAUAAAAGCCGGAGGAACGUAAGAGAAGAAUUAGUCUUCACAGAAAGAGGAGGACUCUCCUUAACUCAAGCCUUCCAGGAGCUUUACUUUAAGCCCAUCAUGGGGGGUAUCAAGCUUUGCCUUUUGCUGCUUUUGGGCACAUACACACUUGCCCAGCAAGAUGUGGGAAGUGUUGAGGAACAAUCUCCAGUUUGCUUUUUGGCCAAAAGAUUCAAGAACUUCAGGCGAUUUGUGUAUGACUACGAAGCUGAGAACUUUAACGGUGUGACUGGCGCGACGGACAACAAGAGCGGACCCAAAGUCUCCUGCAAAGUUGAAGUUGAUGUUCCCCAGACCUGUAGCUUCGUCCUCCGCACAACAGAGUGCUCUCUGAGCGAGAUUUCUGGUGUGGAUGCAGAGGGGAACGCAGUGUAUCGUCCUGCUGCUAAAACUCAGACUUUCAAAACUGCCAUGGCCAAAUACCCCUUGAAGAUCGUAGUUGAAGGACAGACUGAAGUCAAGCUCUACCCUGAGGAAGAUGAGCCUGUCAACAUCCUGAACAUCAAGAGGGGAAUUGUCUCUGCUCUCAUCGUGCCAGUAAUGGAAGAGGAGAGGAACAAGAAAAUGGCCUCUGUGCAUGGAGUCUGCCCCACCGACUUCACCGUCAACACCAGGGAGGACAUUGCCACCGAUGUGACUGUCAGCAGGGAUCUUUCUAAAUGUGACUCCUUCUUUGCCCGUAGGCAGGACACCAGUCCUCUGGCCCUCAUCACUGGCAUGAACUACCCUCUGUCCAAGAUGAUCAGCAGCACCCAGACUUGCAACUACAAGUUUGACAACCAAAAGAAGCACAUGACCCGUGGCGUCUGCACAGAGAAACACAUCUUCAUGCCCCUCUCCUACAAGAACGAAUAUGGAAUUUCCACCGUGGUGAAGCAGACUGUGACUCUGAGGGAGACUGCCAAGAUCAAUGACAGAAUCUUUGACCACAGUGAGAACAACCUCAAGUAUCUAUCCAUGGACGUCACUGACGACAAGCUCCCUCUGCAGACCAAGGAUUCUGUCAUUCUCACACUCCAGCAGCUGAACAACCUGCCGAGUACCACUCAGGGAGAAAAGCGUGCAAGCCUCUUCCACAGCCUGGUGUCUGAGCUGCGUGGCCUUAACGUUGAUGCCCUGGAAUCUGCUGUUCUUGAGAUGAUGGACAUGUCCAUGUCUCUGUCAUGGCAAGCUCUCGCUCAGUGCGGCACCCCAGAAUGCACCAGCGCCAUGCUGAAGGUUCUCAGGACCUUUGAUGAAAGUUCUCUUGAGGUUGAUGCCACUGUCUACGCCCUGGGCCUGAUGCCUAACCCCUCCCGCCUUAUGGUGAAAGACAUGCUGGCAAUGGCUCAAAACAAGCAGAGCAGACCCAUCAUGUAUGCCCUGAGCAAUGCAGUCAGGAAGCUUUACCAGGCUGAGGGCGUCACCCCUGAGAUCACUGCUGUGUCUGAGUUGAUGGCUUCUCUCCUGGGAGCAGACUGUGCUGGAGACAAAGAUCUGAUCUUCCUGACACUGAGGGUCAUUGGCAACAUGGGAGAUGCAAUGGACGUUGCUGACCCUGCUAUAAAGAACACCCUGCUGAAGUGCAUGAGACAGCCUGCAACCACACUGUCUGUGCAGUUGGCUGCCAUCCAGGCUUUCAGACGCAUGACUGUGACAGAUGAGGUUCGCUCUAACCUCCAGAGGGUCAGCCAGUACCCCAAGGGUGCUGUGCAGAAGCGCCUGGCAGCUUACCUAAUCCUGAUGAGGAAUCCCCAGGACAGUGACAUUGAGAUGGUGAAGAAGCUGCUUAAGUCAGAACAGAAUGCACAGAUCAAGUCCUUUGUGACCUCCCACAUCUUCAACAUCAUUUCCUCCACUGAUUCAGAGACCCAAAAGCUCGGUAAGAAGAUAAUGGAUGCCCUGCAGGACACCAACGUUGCCACACACAGCGACUACACCACAAAGUCUCGCAACUACAAGCUGGGCGUGGCACAUGAGAACAUGCAGGCCAGCAUUCAGGGCAACGUUAUCUUUGAUCCCAGUAACCAGUUGCCAAGGGAGGUCUUGCUAGAAACUACCCUGAAAGCUUUUGGUUUCAGCAUGAAUAUUUGGGAGGUUGGCAUGGAAGGAAAGGGCUUUGAGCCAACCAUUGAUGCUUUGUUUGGAAAGAACGGGUUCUUCCCUGACACUUUGAGCAAGGCUCUGUACUGGGCUGUAGAUAAAGUACCAGAAAUGGACAAAUGGGUUCUUACCCAGGAAUCAGAAGGACGCAAGGUUCCUGAAAAUCUUGUGAGAGAAAUUGUUCGCAACUUCAACAAACUGAUAAAAGAUCUGCAGAGUCAGGAGUCUCCAGAGGCCAUGGCCUACCUGAGGAUCUUGGGAGCUGAGUUUGGCUACAUCAAGGGCAGCGAUCUGGAAUUUGUUGCAAGAAAUGCAAUGAUGUAUGCAGAAAUUUUCAUGAAGAUCAUUCCUGCUAAGAUGAUGGGUAACCUGAUGGCCACAACGAAGAAUGAGGUCUUUGCCCAUUACAUCUUCAUGGACAACAAAUUCAUCAUGCCAACAGCAUCUGGCUUGCCUCUGACAUUUGCUCUGUCUGGCACCUUUACUCCUGGCGCAGUGGGAGGCAUUCGCAUGUCUCAAAAUAUGAAUGAGCUGUUGUUCAGGCCCUCUGUUGGAGUUGAGUUUGUGACUCAGAUGGGAGUCCAGGUCCCUGAAUUUGUUGAGGCCGCUGUUGAGAUGCACACCAACAUGUACCAUGAGAGCACAUUCAAUGCAAAGAUCAGCAUGGAGCAGGGCCAGGUCAAGCUUUCCAUCCCGGCCCCACAAGACACCACAAAGCUCUUCAGCAUCAGCAAUAACGUGCUGAUUGUGGGCGCUGAUCAGGCUACAAUGAUCCCAAGCACAGAAGGUGAAGCAAGCUGCAGACCUCUCUUCUCUGGAAUCCAGUACUGCACCAAAACACUUACCACCACCGGUGAUCAGACUGAUGCUCCUUACUUCCCUCUGAAUGGAGAGAACAAGUUUAAUCUGGAGAUCAAGCCUACUAAUGAUGUCUCUGAGUACACAGCCACCAUCGCCUACAAACUCCUCAGUGAAGGAAAGGACGGUCGCCACAAGGUUGACUCUGUGAAGUUCAUCCUGAGAGCUGAGGGUGAUCAGCCUACCGAGGCUACAGCCACCAUGAAAUACAACAGGAACAGGAAUGUCUUCACCACCCAAAUUGAGAUACCUGACUUUGAUGUUGAGGCCGGCGUUAAGAUUGGCAUGACUGACAGCAGUGCCAAAGGCAAAUCCAUUACCCUUGAGAUCUCCAACAAGAACGUGCCCCAGCUUUCUCUGAUUGGCCGUGCCAAGAUUCAGGCCAUGACUGAUGGCAUGCUGCAGGUUCAGCUGUUAGUCCCCUCACUCAAGACUGAUGCCGCCAUCACUGCUACCAUGAGCAAAGCUGACGGACUCGCCAUGGAGAUCAAAAGUGAUGUCAAGCUGCCAGAGACCACCUCUGUUCAGGCAGUCACAUUCAAAUAUGGUGAAGACCAGGCUGAGGUUCAGCUGAUGUCCAACAUGAAUGCUGAAACUAAGCUCCUGGUGCCUUACACUAAGGCUCUCCAGGCCUGGCUCAUGCAGUUUGGGGAGGAUGUCAUGGACCAGCAGGUUGUCAAGACUGACAUGAAACUGCGUCAUAUUGUCAACAAGGCAGUUGAGGCCAGCAAUAUCUGGAUGGACAAGAUCACAACUGAUGUUCCCUAUGUUCAGACCCUGAGGAACAAAAUGACAAAUGUGGAAAUGCCCUCCAUGCCUGAAAACCUAUUCAUGAACCUUGAAAGCACAUUCAAAUACCGCUUCAACCAGGACCGUUUGACCAUCAGCAUUCCUCUGCCUCUUGGAGGCAAAUCAUCUGAGGAGCUUAGGAUCCCUGCAGUGGUCACCUCCCCACGCAUUUCCAUCCCUCAGCUGGACAUGGAGUUGGCUUCUAAUGAGAUCCAAAUCCCCACCUUUACCAUCCCAUCUGACUAUGAUCUCACCCUGCCUCUGAUGGGAAUGGCUGAAGUGUCUGCCAAGGUCAACAGCAACUAUUAUAAUUGGGAGGCAACCGUGGCUGCUGGUAACCAAACUGCAGAGUCUCCUAACUACAUUGCCAAGUUCAGCAUCCUGGCUGACAGUCCAAUCAAGGUUCUCUCCUUCUCAACUGAGGGAGCUACAGAAAUCACUGACACAGCGGAGAAAACUAUGAAAUUCAUGGCCAGUGGUUCCCUGAAACAUAUGCUCAUGAACACAGAAUUUAAUGUGCUAGAAACCAUUGCUGUCACAGAUAAUGUAAUGUCAACAGGAAAGUACAAUGUGCUUGCCAACACUCCUCUGGGUUUGGAGACUUCUCUGGCUGUUACCACCCAGGUCGUCCUAGAUACAAACACGCUCUCUGGAGAUAUCAACACAGAUGGAAGUGUGACUGUUGGACCCAUGACUGCUAGCACCACCUAUCUCUACACCUUCUCUGUUGAGCCAAAGAAGAAAGAAGCAAGACUGGAGAGUAAUCUGAGAGUGAACUCUGAAAUCCUGAAGAUUUCAAACAAGAUCACAGCAUCAUAUGCAAAUGAAGAGCUUCUGAUUGGGUCAAAUACCAACAUGAUCAGUGACCCCAUUAAGCACACCACCAAAAUGAGUCUUAGCUACAAGGAUGUCCAGCUUACCAUCCACUCUGACUCUGUGACCAAGGCUAGUGAGCGAAUGAUGCGUAGCCAGAUUGAGUUCUCUGCCUCUAAAGAACAGGUCAGCCUCAGGAUAGAGAAUCAAGCUGAUGACACAGUAAACCGUGCCUACUCUUUGCUCACUGGGUCCAUGAACCCCUCUGGCUUGGAGAUCAAUGCUGAUGCUUCCUUGAACAUCUUUUCAAGCCUUGCCUCUCACAAGGCAACUUUGUCCCUGAACAGGAAUGGCCUGACCACCAGCUGUACAACAACAGCUCAGCACAGCCCACUGACCUUUGAGAAUGUUUUCCACGGUGGAGUUGAUGCCUCUGGUGCCACUGUGUCUCUCAUCACCAAGGGAGGCAUUAGAGAAAAUAAGGCUGAGCUCAAUUUUGAUGGAAAAAUUGCAAGUACAGAAGUAUAUCUCAACAGCAUCCUAAAGGGUAACCUUUUUGAUAUCAACACCAGGAACAGAAUGAACCUCAGAUUGAAUGAAGAUGGCUUGAUCCUCUCUAACAACAUCGUUGGAUCUCUCAAUGAGAUGAGAACCGAAAACAGCCACUCACUGUCUCUUACACUGAGAUCGUUUACCCUCAACUCCAAGACUAACAGCGUCCUUGACAAGAGCAACUCCUACAUGCAUGACAUCACAGUAAACAUGGAGCGCUUUACUGCCUCGGUUAUUGCGAAAAAUGACCUGAAGAUCAUGGAGAUUAACUUUGUGAAUGAUGCGCAGUUCAGGGCAGAGCCCUACAACAUGCAGCUGACCGGAACAAUGACAGGAGUCUUCUCAGAGGAAGAGCUCAAGCACACCUAUGAAGUCAAGUUUGCUGACAUGGUCCUCUCUGCAAGAUACAAUACCAACGGUAAACUCCUGGGAACUCGCAUGACGCAUACCGCUGAUAUGGAGGUUUCUGGUCUGACCAUGAAGUUCAACAAUGUGGCUAACUUGAACUCACCACUUCUUCGUCUAGACAGCACAGUCAAAACUGUUGCUGCACCCUUCACUCUGAACAUUGAUGCCGUUUUGAACACAGAUGGUGAAGUGUAUCUGUAUGGCCAGCACAGCGGUGAACUAUAUAGCAAAUUCCUCCUGAAAGCAGAACCCAUGCUAUUCACACAUUCAUUUGAGUACAGAGCCUCAUCCACACAUGAACUGGAAGGCAGAACACCUGUCAAGACCAACAUGGAAAACCAGUUCAAUAGCAUGCUGAGCCUCCAAGAGCAAAGUGUCACACUGAAGAUGAAAUCCAAAGUAAAUGAGCAUACAUUUGAUCAAGGAAUUAGUGCCUAUAACAAGGCAGAGAGGAUUGGUAUUGAGGUGACAGGAGCUGCCACAACCCCUCUCUUCAGUGAAGCCAGUGAAGAUUACACCAUUUCUGCAUUUGUGAAGUAUGACAAGAACAGUGACAGUCAUUUUAUCCAGAUCCCAUUUAUUGAGCAUCUGCCUGCAGUUAUUGAAAGUGUAAAGACCACAAUGAUGAGAAUGAUGGACCAGAGCAUGGAGAUGUUGAAAGACAUCAACACCAGGUAUGAGAUCAGUGCCAAGUUUCAGAACAAAGUGUCAGAACUGAAGGAGGUCAUUGACAACUUUGACUUCAACCUCUUUGUCCAAGACUUGAGGAGGUUUAUCAACUCAAUGGAAAACUAUGUGAUCAACCUGACAGCCAAGUUCCCAACUGAGAAAGUCAUGAAUGUGUUGAAAUCAGUGAUGGAUGCUACCAUGGCCUGGAUCAAGAAGCAUAACAUUGCUAACAGGUUCAAUGUAAUUUAUGCCAAAGUAGAGGAGAUCCUCUCCAGCUAUGAGGUUGAGAAGAUAAUUGGAGCCAUCAUGGAUGAGGUUGUUAAAAUUAUGAGGCAGUACCAGGUGAGGGAAAAGAUUCAGUCUGCAUUUGCUGCUGUCAGGUCAAUUAACAUCCAGCCUUUGCUCAAAAGAGUUAUGGUACCUGUUCAGGAGCUUGUGAACGAACUGUAUUCCUUUGACUUCAGACAGCUGAUUGAUGACAUGAAUGACUAUUUCAUGAGAUUGGUCCAGAAAAUCAAAUCUUUUGAUUAUGACACAUUCACUGUGGAGCUGAAAGAGAAAGUGGUAGAUAUGAGCAAGAUUCCCUGUUUUGGAAAACUCUAUGGAGAGUUCAGAGUUAGCUCACCUCAUUACACACUCAGUACCACUGCUGACCUGGAGAACACCACAACUACAUCAGUCACACCAGAGUUCAAAAUGAACCUUAACUCAAAGGCUACAUCUACUUUGAGAAUCCUUGACUUCAGUGUAGAUGCCAGUGCUCAUGUUGCAGCACCCAAGAUGAGUCGUCUGUCUAUCUCUGAGAACAUCAAAGUUGACCAGUCAUGUUUUACACUUGACCACAAGGGAUCAAUGACUCUCUAUGGCCUGUCAGCUCAAGCCUCUGCUGAAACUACAGCAAAUGCCAACACUGAGCUCUAUGUUGCACAGUUAGUCAAUAAUGCAUUCUUUGCCAUGGAAAAUGGAGUUUCUGCCACUGUAGAGACUAGUUACAAACACACUCUCAACAUGCCAUCCCUGACCAUCUUCAGUGAAACAUCAGUGAAUCAAAAGACUAUUUUCCAGCUUGAGGCUGGCACCGCCAAACUGACCAUUAACAAUCUGGGCAAUGGAAAAUAUGCAGUUCAGGUAUUCUCAGAUGAGGCAACCCACAAGAGUGACAUAGAGGUGGUCAUGGAUCUCCACAGAACUAAAGUGACUUUCACUGGAGCAACAGGUAGUAGCAACUUUAAAAUGAAUCAAAAUGUGGUUGCUGAUAUGUGCAUUUUCUCCCACGUGACUCUUGAUGCCAAGAUUGAGACAGAAACACCCUUCAUGAAGGGCAGCAUUGCAGAGGUCAAAUUCCAGGCUAAGGCUGGAGACCUGAUUAUCGAUCUCACUGCCUCACACAGUGCAGAGCUUGUUGAACAGAUUGAGGGAACUAUCUCAAAUUUUGUGAUGGCUUCAGUUACACCUAGUGAGCUUGUGUUUGACACCAAGAAUAAGGGAAAUGUCAAGGUUGCUCUGCCAUUCAGCCUGUCUGGAAAAAUGGAUCUCCAGAAUGACAUCUCUCUUACCCUGAACUCUGAAGCUCUACAAGCUAGCUGGACAGGUCUGGCUAGAUUUAACCAGUACAAAUACUCCCAUUACUUCUCCAUGGAUAAUGGUGAUAGAGAAAUUGACAUAUAUUUUCAGAUUAAUGGAGUAGCAGACCUGGAAGUACUGAAGGUGCCAAUUACCAUUCCUGCAAUAACUGUUCCAUUCGUUGGCAUGAAGACACCUAGAGUCGAAGACUAUUCACUGUGGGAAGACACUGGUCUGAGCUACUUCCUGACCACAACUCAGCAGACAUUUGACAUGAACUCCAGGCUGAAGUACAAGAAGAACCCUGAGAUGAUCACCAUUGACAUUAAUGUGGAUCCACUCAUCAAUGUCAUUAACACCAAUGUCAAGACUCUGCACAAGAAAGUGCUCAUCAGCAAGGAUAAGGCUGCUGCCAUGCUGGCUUCAUCUUAUGACAUAGCAAGAGCAGAGUAUGAAAAAUAUAGUAUUGAGUUGCCCAAAACCAUCACAGUCCCUGCCUACAAAGUUCCAGUGAUGAAUGUUGAGGUGUCCACAUUCACCAUUCCCCUGCCUGACGUCACUCUCAUCACAAUGCCUGCUCUGCAUGUCCCAUCUGCUCUCAGCAAGCUCACUCUUCCAAAAAUCACUCUGCCCAAAAUCCAGAAGAUCAAGAUCCCUGUAAUGGGUGAUCUAACCUAUGAGUUCACCAUGAAAACAGCAAUGCUCACGCUCAAAACUGAUGCCAGCAUCCUUAACCAGGACAGCAUCAUCAUGAAGCUUGAUGCUUCCUCAUCCUCUGAAUUUGAAUUCCUGACUGGUAAGAUUGAGGGCACCACCAACGUGAACACAGUCGGUGGACUUAGAAUGGCCUCUGCCCUGUCUGCAAAACAUGCAAUGCUGGAGGGAAACCAUGAAAGCACCAUCAACCUAAGUUAUGAAAAUGUAGAUACUUCCAUCACCAAUUCAGCAAAGGUUAACAUUCCUAACCUGAAUAUGGAAAUCUACCAGGAGAUUACUGGCAAUCCAGACGAAGGCCUUGUUGUCUCUAUGUCCACUCCAUCUGCAGGACUCAUUGCACUUCAAAUGCAGACUAAGCGCCCAGCACAAGUGAAAGCAAGACUCUAUGGUCGCUACCCAUCUGAGCCAACAACAGACAUUGAUAUCGUAGGUCUGAAAAUGUCUGUGAUGAACUCUGAGAAGCUGAACCUUCAGGCAACCUGGAAUAUGGAGAUGCCAUAUGAGAUGAUGCUAGGACUGAAGAAAGAGGUGCCCAGAGCCAUGAAUGUGGCGAGAGAUGCUGGUGAAAUGACAUCUAUGUUCAUCUAUGGACUUGCUUUGACAGCUGAGAAUAUUUAUGAGAAGGCUAGUGUACAGGGUAAAAUGAUGUUCAAGAGGGCUGUUGACAAUCUUCCAGCAGUAUAUCCUUACAGUGUUUUGGCAACUAUCACAGAUGAGACCACUGUGAUCCUCAAAGGGUACCAAAAGAAAGUUGAAAUUAUUUUUGAUGCUGUUGUGAAAUUCCUGAGAGACACCACGUUCCAGAUUCCUGGGUAUGAGCGUAGGAUGUCUGGUCUUGAGAUCUACCAGGAAUCCAGUGCAUUUGUUGUCGCAGUCUUUGAGGAGGCUGUUGAAAAGAUUCCAGAGUACUUUUCCUCCAUGUUUACAGCAGUUCUUGAUUAUUUCAAUGCCAUUGAAUUCACCCUUCCUGGCUCUAACCAUAUUGUCAGGGGAAGAGAAAUUCUUGAUGACUUGCUUGAAGCUUUGAGGAAAAUUCAGAACCAAGUAAUUGUGACUGUGAGGAAACUGGGGGAUAUCAAGCUGGAAGAUAUCAUUAGCAAACUCUCUGCAUUCGUGCAGUUUACCUUUGAACAAAGUGAGAAGUUGCUCCAAACCAUAAAAUCUCAGGAUGUAGAGAGGCUCACCACCUUUGUGAAUGAUGUAUACAAUGAUGCCAUCAACUCCCGUAUCCUGGCUGAUAUUACCAAGCAGGUUAAAGCGGUCCAAAGAAUUGUUAUUACAUAUCUGAAAUCUGUGCAAGCUAAACUUGAGACCAUUUUUGCUAGCGUGUCUACUGAACAACUUCAAGCUGACAUCCAGUCCUGGAUUAAUGUAAUGGUAAAACGUGUUAAUGCUUACCACAACAAUGUCAUUAAGACCCUCAAGGAGAAAAGCAAAGCUGUUCAACCAUUUGUGAGAGUAGGUGACAGACAGAUGGAGGUCGACAUUCCUUUCCCAUUUGCUGCCUAAUUCAACUAACUGACCAUGACUAACAGUGUUUCUAUUUUCUGUUGUGUAACCAUUUAAGACAACAGUAAAUCUAUUCUUCCAAAAAAUACAAAGCUGCAUGCUAACAAGUGUUUUCUGCACCCGGAUUCUUGUCUCUCUACUCUGUUUUUGAAAUUAUUCAUUUUGUUUGUUAUUCCACAGUUGACUCCCAGUUGUUUUGAUCCUACUGUGCUCGCUUUGUGUCUUGUACUAUUUAAAAAAAACAAUAUGUGACCAUCAAUAAAGACAGUUUGUACUGCA